AUGGGUCGGAAGCGGAAGCGGCCCCGCAAGGUCGAGCCGCCGGCGGAGCGAGUCCAUCGGGAGUCGACCGGCGAAGAAGUCGACGGCGAGGACUCCGUGACGACGAACCCACCAAUGGCGGGGCCUUCGGUUUCCGUCGAGCGCGAGGAAGUGUCGGAGGCGGCUGCGGCGGAGGAGGACGAAGAUAUCGGCGAGCUACUGGAGCCGUUCACCAGGGACGAGCUCCUGGAGCUCCUCACGGACGCCUGCCUCCGGAGCCCCGCCCUCCUCGCCCGCGUCGCGGCCUCCGCCGCCUCCGACGCUGCGCCCCGGCGCCUCUUCGUGCACGGCCUCGGCCCGGGCGCUACCUCCGCAGCGCUGGCCGCCGCAUUCGCCCCCUUCGGCGCGUUCGACGAGUGCCACGCCGUCGCCGACCGCGCCACGGGCCGCUGCCGAGGCUACGGCUUCCUCGCCGCCCUCGGCCCCGUCGCACGGUCCUCCUCCUCCGACCGCAAGCUUUUCGUCGACAACGUGCCCGAGCGCGCCGCGCACGACGACCUGAGGGGGCUCUUUUCAAAAUUCGGCGAGAUCGAGGAGGGACCCCUCGGCGCCGACCGGGCCACAGGGCUCUUCCGCGGGUACGCCAUCUUCUUGUACAAGACGCCCGAGGGGCUCAGGAAGGCCCUCGAGGAGCCCACCAAGGUGUUCGACGGGUGCGAGCUCCAGUGCCGGCGCGCAUACAGGGGGAGCAAUCCGAAGCAUGCUGCCGCCACACCCACAGACACAGGUGUGCAGAGCAAUGGUGGCGCCGUUACCGCGGUAUUGUCCUCAGUCCAGGCCAAAGACCUUGCAUUGACAUCCAAGCCCUCGCUGCUUCAGUUGAAUCAGUCGGUUGGGCUGAAGGCGAAGGGGAGUAGCUCAGCCACGGCCAUAGCUCUCUUUCGUCAGAAUGUCCCUGCUGGUGGUGCUGGUAUCCUUGGUGCGGCCCCUGUCACCACGGCUGUGUCCUCUUCGCUGGUUCAUGGCACAUCAAGCACACCACCAAGUCAUUGUGGGGCUGCAAUUGGGCAUGUUGGAUUGAAUGACGCUGCUAGAGCUGGUGCAUCACCCAUGGUGUCUGUAAUUGGGUCGAACAAUUCAGCAUCAUCUCUUCAGGUCCAGGGACUGGGAGCUGCAAAGAAUACCAUGCCACCUUCUUUGCAUCCUGGUCAGUUGUCGACUAGGCCUGGCUUGAUACAGCACUACCUGGGAAGAUAG